UGGGCGGGCGGAAGCGUGGGCGGGCGUUGCCGCCGUUGCCGCAGUGACGGGGGCCGAGAGGGAGGCGGGCGGGGGGGGUGGAGAAGGACGAAAAUGGCGGCGCCGCGUCGCUCCCAGCACCACCAUCACCACCACCACCCGCCGCCGCCGCCCGGGCCCGCCUCGCCGCCGGCCGCCGCCGCCUCGCCGCCGCGCAGCCCCAGCCUGGCGCCCGCCGAGUUCGCCGCCGCCGCGCAGCGCCACAGCCUGGCCGGGCCCGAGGGCGAGGCGCCCCCCGAGGCCGAGCGGCCUCCGGCCCCGGAGAUCGCGGAGGGCGCGGGCGCCGCCGCGCCGGGCCCGCCGCCCGGCUCGGCCAGCAGCUCCGGCGGCUCGUCCUCCUCGUCCUCCGCCUCGUCCGCCUCGUCGGCGUCGUCGUCGGCCGCGUCGAGCCCGGCGGCGGAGAGCCCCGAGGCGGCGGGCCCGGGGGCGGCGAGCGGCGCCUUCCGCGAGCUGCUGGAGGCCUGCCGCAAUGGGGACGUGACGCGCGUGAAGCGCCUGGUGGACGCGGGCAACGUGAACGCCAAGGACAUGGCGGGCCGCAAGUCCACGCCGCUCCACUUCGCCGCCGGUUUUGGAAGGAAAGAUGUUGUAGAGCACUUGCUGCAGACCGGAGCCAACGUUCAUGCUCGUGAUGAUGGAGGGCUGAUACCCCUUCACAAUGCCUGCUCUUUUGGUCAUGCUGAAGUGGUUAGUCUGUUGCUGUGUCAAGGGGCAGACCCAAAUGCCAGAGAUAAUUGGAACUACACUCCUCUGCAUGAAGCUGCCAUCAAGGGGAAGAUAGAUGUGUGUAUUGUGCUGCUGCAGCACGGAGCUGAUCCAAACAUUCGGAACACCGACGGGAAAUCCGCGCUGGAUCUGGCAGACCCUUCAGCAAAAGCUGUGCUCACAGGUGAAUACAAGAAGGACGAACUCCUGGAAGCUGCUAGGAGCGGUAAUGAAGAAAAACUGAUGGCUUUAUUGACUCCUUUAAAUGUGAACUGCCAUGCAAGUGAUGGGCGUAAAUCUACUCCUUUACACCUAGCAGCAGGCUAUAACAGAGUUCGAAUAGUCCAACUUCUGCUUCAGCAUGGUGCAGAUGUUCACGCAAAGGACAAGGGUGGUCUCGUGCCUCUCCAUAACGCAUGUUCAUAUGGACACUACGAAGUUACAGAGUUGCUACUUAAGCACGGGGCCUGCGUUAAUGCGAUGGACCUCUGGCAGUUUACCCCCUUGCACGAGGCUGCUUCCAAGAACCGUGUCGAGGUCUGCUCCCUGCUCCUGAGUCAUGGCGCAGAUCCCACUUUGGUCAACUGCCACGGCAAGAGUGCGGUCGAUAUGGCUCCGACGCCAGAGCUAAGGGAGAGACUAACCUAUGAAUUCAAAGGACAUUCUUUACUACAAGCAGCCAGAGAGGCAGACCUAGCCAAAGUGAAAAAGACACUUGCUUUGGAGAUCAUUAAUUUUAAGCAGCCACAGUCGCAUGAAACUGCACUGCACUGUGCCGUGGCUGCUGUGCAUCCCAAGCGGAAGCAAGUUACAGAACUAUUGCUCAGAAAAGGAGCGAAUGUUAAUGAGAAAAACAAAGACUUCAUGACACCUUUGCAUGUUGCAGCUGAAAAAGCUCAUAAUGAUGUCAUGGAAGUUCUGCAUAAACAUGGAGCAAAGAUGAAUGCACUGGACACCCUUGGUCAAACAGCUUUGCACAGGGCUGCUUUAGCAGGUCACUUGCAAACCUGCCGGCUCCUGCUGAAUUACGGCUCAGAUCCCUCUAUCAUCUCUUUGCAAGGCUUCACAGCAGCACAGAUGGGAAACGAAGCAGUGCAGCAGAUUCUAAGUGAAAGUACACCUGUGCGCACAUCUGAUGUGGAUUAUCGGUUGUUAGAAGCAUCCAAAGCUGGAGACUUGGAAACUGUGAAGCAACUUUGUAGCCCUCAGAAUGUGAACUGUAGAGAUUUGGAAGGCCGUCAUUCAACGCCACUGCACUUUGCUGCAGGAUAUAACCGCGUGUCAGUGGUGGAGUAUCUGUUGCACCAUGGGGCCGACGUGCACGCCAAAGAUAAAGGUGGCUUAGUACCCCUGCACAAUGCCUGUUCUUACGGACACUACGAGGUGGCUGAGCUCUUAGUGAGGCAUGGCGCUUCUGUCAACGUAGCAGACCUGUGGAAAUUCACUCCCCUGCAUGAAGCAGCAGCAAAAGGAAAAUAUGAAAUCUGCAAGCUGCUUUUAAAACAUGGAGCUGAUCCUACAAAAAAGAAUCGAGAUGGGAACACUCCUCUGGAUUUAGUGAAAGAAGGAGACACGGACAUCCAGGACUUGCUACGGGGAGAUGCUGCCUUGCUAGAUGCUGCCAAGAAGGGGUGCCUGGCACGAGUGCAGAAGCUGUGCACUCAAGAAAAUAUCAAUUGCAGAGAUACCCAGGGAAGAAAUUCAACCCCACUACAUCUUGCAGCUGGCUACAACAAUUUGGAAGUAGCUGAAUACCUUCUCGAGCACGGUGCCGAUGUUAACGCACAGGACAAAGGAGGAUUAAUCCCCCUUCACAAUGCAGCAUCCUAUGGGCACGUGGAUAUUGCAGCAUUGUUGAUCAAAUACAACACGUGCGUAAAUGCAACAGAUAAAUGGGCCUUCACACCAUUGCAUGAAGCAGCACAGAAAGGAAGGACGCAGCUCUGCGCUCUGCUAUUAGCACAUGGAGCAGAUCCAACCAUGAAGAAUCAAGAGGGUCAGACACCACUAGACCUGGCAACAGCUGACGAUAUUCGAGCUUUGCUGAUAGAUGCGAUGCCUCCAGAAGCUUUGCCUACGUGCUUUAAGCCUCAGGCAACUGUCGUUAGUGCCUCCCUCAUCUCACCAGCGUCUACACCGUCCUGCCUCUCUGCUGCCAGCAGUAUAGAUAACCUCACUGGGCCUCUGGCAGAACUAGCGGUAGGAGGGGCAUCGAAUGCUGGUGACGGAGCAGCAGGAACCGAAAGGAAGGAAGGAGAAGUCGCUGGUCUUGACAUGAACAUUACCCAGUUCCUGAAAAGCCUAGGUCUUGAACACCUCCGGGACAUCUUUGAAACAGAACAGAUAACCCUGGAUGUAUUGGCAGACAUGGGGCACGAGGAGCUUAAAGAAAUUGGGAUUAAUGCUUAUGGACACCGUCACAAGUUAAUAAAAGGUGUGGAGAGACUUCUAGGAGGGCAGCAAGGCACCAAUCCUUACUUGACUUUCCACUGCGUGAGUCAGGGGACCAUUCUCCUUGACCUUGCUCCUGAUGAUAAGGAGUAUCAAUCUGUCGAAGAGGAGAUGCAAAGUACAAUCCGGGAGCACAGGGACGGUGGAAAUGCUGGUGGCAUCUUCAACAGGUACAAUGUCAUCAGGAUUCAAAAGGUUGUGAACAAGAAGCUGCGGGAGAGAUUCUGCCACAGACAGAAGGAGGUUUCGGAGGAGAAUCAUAAUCAUCACAAUGAGCGCAUGUUGUUUCAUGGCUCUCCUUUCAUUAAUGCCAUCAUUCACAAGGGAUUUGAUGAAAGACAUGCAUACAUUGGAGGAAUGUUUGGAGCUGGAAUUUACUUUGCCGAGAACUCCUCAAAAAGCAAUCAAUAUGUUUAUGGCAUAGGGGGAGGGACGGGCUGUCCCACGCACAAAGACAGGUCCUGUUAUAUCUGCCACAGACAAAUGCUUUUCUGCAGAGUGACCCUUGGAAAAUCCUUUCUGCAGUUCAGUACAAUGAAAAUGGCUCAUGCCCCUCCAGGGCACCAUUCUGUCAUUGGCAGACCAAGUGUGAAUGGACUUGCGUAUGCUGAAUACGUUAUCUACAGAGGAGAGCAGGCAUACCCAGAAUAUCUAAUUACGUACCAGAUUGUGAAACCAGAAGCUCCCGCACAGACAGCAACAGCAGCAGAGCAAAAGACCUAGUGACUACAGGGCAGUGAAGAGGGAUGUGACUUCAAUCUUGGACUGGGUGGAUGUGUGUUUCAGAAAAUCAGUAUCCUAUAAAAUUCCUAAAAAUCUGGAAAUAAGCUGUAUGUCUUUUAUAAAGCAUUGCUCCCUUGAUGAAUACUAUAUGAGUAACUCUUGCAUACUCAAUGGCUACUGUUCCUUUCGAGGAAAGUUUACAAGGGACUGCCUUUUAAUAACAUAUCUCAGGCUCUUACUCUGCGGUUACUGUGUAUAGAACAACAUUGCUUUGACCUAGACUUUGGGAACGUUGUUGUGGAAACACAAAUCUUUAUCAAUGCCAUCUCGCACGUUACAAUUUCAGACACUACUGGUCCAGUUAUUUUAUUUGCAGAUAAAUUGCAUUAUACCCAUCAUUUUCUUUUCAGCAUGCACCAUUCAUUUUAUGUUUUCAAGAGAUCUUAGUCAAUUAUUUAUUCUCCUUUUGUAUUCUGAAGUUGAGCCAGAACCUUCUUAAAGAUAUUUUGCACAAAGUCAAGUUGACUAAAAUUGUUAACAAUGCAAUAUGAAUUUCAUCUGAGAAGGGGCUAGGUCCAGUUCUUUGGUGUAGGGGGUUUUUGCACACCUCUGAGCGAGCGAUACUAAGAGUGUAACUUCAAAGCGGAAAUGAAUCUUAUGUCAGUUCGCUGCUUUGUCUGCGUGAGUUUUCUGGGGAAAGCCCUGGGAAGUGUUCACAAGUGUGAAACCAGCUCUCGUGCUUGGAAAAACUUCAUAAAGCAGGUCAAUGCCCUCUGCUGGCAUCUCUAAAUAAGCAUUUUAUAAGGCUCCUGGUAGGUACAUGCAGUUUGUGAAAUGUUCUCCGGUUACUGAGGCUUGUGCUUUAGCUGCAAGGAAGCUGGUGAAAAAUUGGAAGACUGCAUACGCAAGGGUGUAUCUGGGUCCUGUUCCUCCAUAACGUGAGAGCCGGCAAAUGGGUCUCAAACUGGUGAGGGAGAGCGUGUUGCAGUGGUUUCCUGUCACAUUUUCAUGUGUGACACACAAUGGAAGGGUUUAAGUGAUUUACAAAAAUAAUCGUUUUUUAAAACUCUUUUACAUUUUGAUGGAAACAAACUUUAAAAAAAAAAAAAAGAUCAGUUCUGGAGUGGAUCUAUUCGCAGGUGUACCAGUGAACAAAACGAGGAUUUAUUCACCUUAAUCCCCUUCCCUGUAAAGGUCCUAGGUUUAUUUUGCUGGGGAGGAGAGAGUUGUUUUUAAGUGUUGCAUAGCACCGCAUCAAACAAUUUCAGAAGUCACCCUUAUGGAGGAUAUACAAAAAGUAGAAAUUGAUUUCCUUUUUGAAUUGUUUUUACAACCUCAAGAGAAGAGAAGAAGGUUGAAAAUCAAGCUGUGUUAAGAUUUCUUUUAAACUGUCAGUACCACAAGAUGCACUUCACUGUUCAGCGUGUAACAACUGGAGGAAAAAAAUGCUCCUUUGAGCAGACUGCACAUUUUCCUAGCAACCAGCAGUGUUAAAUAGCUGAUGAUCCAAUUCAUGCAUUCAGUUUUUGUCCCUCGAAAGCAAGGGAACAACAGAAUAGUGCUGCUUGUAGUUUAUAAAAAUAUUUGGUCCCUGCAAGUGAGAUGUGCUUGGAGAAAACCGACGGAAGGUCUGGACAAAACAAACCAACCUGAAGAGCUUUUCGUUUUUAGCAUUAGGACAUUGAUGUUGAAACAAGUUAUUCUCAGAGAGGAAUUUCACCAACAGUAAAAUCAGUCAUUUGAUGCAAACUGGCUUACCUGCACAUCAUCUUUCUGUAAUAUCUCUAAAGAAAACCUUAGAAAUAGCAAUAGUCCGACAGAUCUUGAACUUUGGGUUUUGUUUUUCUUGAGCCGGUGCUGGACAUAAGAUUCUCGCUUCGUUUUGUGACCUGAUUGAAUAUGUAGCUUCGAAGUCCAAGCCAGGCUCUAGCCUAGUUGUCCUUUUGAUCAAAUUUCCUAGAUAAAAUUGGGUGCUUGUAUUUUGGCUACUUGUUUAAUAGUGUUAGGGUUGCAAGGAUCACCACUAGACUUGAAAAUUUUGUAUUCAUCAUUUAAGUUUGGGGUUGGUUUUUAAUUUAGUUAAUAACAGUGUGUGUGUAUGGGGAAAUGUGCCUAUCUCCACUAGAGUUUUGGAUAGCUGUGAACAUGAGUAUUACUCGCCGUCCCCAUUAGACAUAGUUUUAAAUGGUAAAACAGUUGUGCUGCUUAGGUGAGCAAAAUGGUUAGCGUGGGUGUGCAAGCUGAGAAGCUUUACAUCUUUCAAAAACAACAAACCGAAAAACAACCCCCCUGCCCAAGCCUGUGCCUGGUUCUGUUGUCACGUGUUGUUUUCGUGUGUGCUGAUUGACCCAACGGCCAGUCCGUAUUUCUUCUGGAGCCCCAAACUCCUGGAGGAUACAAAUGCGGUCUGGUAUCUCUGACCUGCCAGCGUUGACGUACAUGAUGUUCAGCGCAGGGUGAAGGUGCCGCGUGCGGAGAUGGUUUUGCAGCGGGUUUUGUCUCGUAGCGAUGUGAGCCCCCAGCUGCUCGUGGCUGGACGCGGGGCAGUGCCCCGCGGGUCUGAGAGGCCCCUGCGGGAAUAGCGUGUGCUGAUCGGUGUUGUCGUAACUCUUUCCGCAGUUCCGUCAAAGUGAGGAUCUGCCCAUCGGCAUCCAGGCUGCCCGCGAAAGAGCUGGUCGGCGCUUGGCGGGAGAGCCGUAACUGGGCAAGCUGCUGCAAUGCAGCCGCUGCUGCUUUAAGCGACGGGGACAGUUUGCUGCCUCCUGAUUCUAGAGGACGGGACGCGGGGGGCCUCGUGCCUUCCCCAGAAGGGCCGUCCCCUGAUAACGGGAUGCUCGUUUGCGGCGUUGCCUGAACUCGGGUCGGCAACGGAGGCAAGGUAGGAAUUGAGGCUGCAGGAACAGGCUGAACCCGCUGGGGAAAGGGACAGUUGUCUUGCAGGCCUGGUGACUUUUAUUAGUUUCCCUUGAAGUGGCAGCGCAUGAGACGUCCGUGCAGUUUGCAACAGGACCUCAACAGACUAAAACGGAAGGAAACUUCACCAUGUAGCAAAGGGAGGGAGGGUCUGGCGCUCUGUUGCUCAAAUUGUUUCAGGGAGACAGAUGAAUUCGGUACCUGGUGGAGAGUGAUGUUGCAGUCUGAGGCCAUCAACAAAACUUCUUUUAGCAUUAAAAACAGAAAGAGUGCAGCACCUUAAUGAGGUGCAUCUUACUUCCUCAUCUUUAUUUUUAUCUGCCGGUCUAUUUUGAUCCCAGCUCCAUGGAGACUGUUACAAACAUCCUGUACCGGUUUCAGCACUUUGCAGCCACUGUUAUGCUGAAGUCCCAGGAAUGAGCAUUGUGUUUUUCUAACCUCUCUCCAUUUCAAAUGUUUGCACGUGAUGUGAUCAAAUCCCAUUGCAUUACACAACCCGAAUUUAUUUGGCCCGCAGGCUUUUAUACUUGUUGGUAACAGGAGAGUCAAAAAUGAAAUUCUGCACUGAAGCAAAAAGAAAGUCUCCCAAAGCGUUCUGCAGUGCUGGCUUUGGUGGGCAGCAGAGGCAGAAAAGGUGUACGGUGUAUGAAGCUGGAGCAGGACACUUCCUUAGGCCUAGAAACCUACUGCUGGUGGUAGCAGUAGACGGAGGAGACCCCUGCUUCCCAUGGAUGUGCGAAGUGUUGAGGGAUGCUAACAUGUCAUGCCACUGCGUGGUCUGCUGGAAAUAUUUAUCGUGGGUUCCUGACACCGUGCCACCCGUGAAGCUAUUUGGAAGUUGUAAACAGUGGCAAAUCGUCUCAAAAAGUCCCCUGAAUCCCUGUAGUGAAGUCGGACUUCCUGCACAGUGCGUGCAAUACCUAGAAUUUGCCCAUGGGACUGCUAACAAAAAUUACCCAGGAGCAGAUUUGUUCGAGAGAUGAAGGGGGAAAAAAAAGAAGGGUCCCAGAUGGAAAUCAGGCAGAUUAGUUUGAGUCAUUGCUAAUCAUUGUCAGAAGGUCAGGAAGCAUGUAAAUUUUUUUUUAAUGGGAUUUCUUCCUUUCCUUAUUGCUUGGACCCAUAUAAUCUAGCUCAGAAAUCCAAAAGGAGACUCCUCCACUGUGAGUUUGAGGCGUUUUAAGCUAUGCUGCAGCUCUGCUGGGGAAGAGCUGGGGCCGUACAGAUUCGCUUCGAGCCCCAGGCAGCGAGCAGCUUGGGAACCUUUCGCAGAUGUGAAUCUGCUGAUGAUCAGGGGUGAUGGGUUUGGCAGGGUCGCGAGCACGCUCUCCACAUCGUUCAGAGAAGCAGGACGCGUGCAGUGAUGGAGCCGCAGUGCUCCCACGAAUUCGAACACAUGGUAGGUGCGAAACCUACAGGAUCGGAGACUGCAUAUGCACGUUAAAAAUUACAAAGCAAGGUGAAAGAACCCAGGAGUCAGUAGGGAACAAGGGAAACACAUGCCUUUCCCAUUAUGUGAACGUGUACGCCUGUCAGGUUGCGUUAUCUGACUCGUUUUGAUAUGUCUAUUUCUGUCUUACUGAACCUGUUGGUGGCAAUUUUAAGUGUUGGUUCCAUUAAGUUAAUUACUAAUGUAGUUUGAUUAGACUCUUUAUGUAUUACAAGGUAAUUUUGACAGUGUUUCUUCCUAACAUCUGCAGAACUUGCUUCAGCUUUGGAAAUUGAAAUGGGGAUUUUUCUGUGCCACAGUUGUGUGAGCUUGUGCGUCUUAAUUUCUGAUUGCUUUCUCUGCCAACCCAAAUGGCAAUGGACCUGGGUUAGAGGUGGUUUUUUUUUUUUUUUUUUUUUUUUUUUUUUUUUUUUUUUUUUUUUUUUAAAUAACUUGUCUUCAUAACUAGCCCUGUGCAUUUCCUCUCUUGGUUGCCCCUUACUUGGAGCUGGGGUAUUGUUUGUUUAUUUCUUCCUCUACCCACUCUCUACAAGAAGAUGAUGGGCAGGUUCUCAGCCUACCUACACGAUGGACUUUAGGUAACAUCUCUGUAACAACUGAGUUUGAUCUAUAAAUGUGCUUGGCUAAAUGUCUGAUCUGCAAUACUUGUAAUAGUUUAAAAUUCAAUAAACACAUUUUUAACAGCU